ACUGUAAUCCUGGGGAGGGUGGGGGGAGGGAUGGACGGACGGAUUGAUUUUAAACCCACAGAAGCACGGACACCACCAGCACUUGACCACAUCAUCCACCGUAUUCCGUGAGGAGCAUCGCGGCGAUGGCUGAGGGCAAGUGAAUUACGGGCGCGCGUCCAUCUGAAGUGAUGAGACAGAAGCGCGCGGCUGGAUCCGUCUGUCAGGUUGUAUAAUGGAGAGCUCCAAUGGCUCCGACGCCAAACCGCAGAGCCAUCAUCCUCAUCCUCAGGUGGAGAAGAAGAGGUUAAACCGCGCGCCUUCCCCUGCCAGACCCGUCCUGAAAGAUAUCCACUCGCGAACGACCAAACCGAUCGUGCCGAAAUCCCCCAAAUUCAACAAGCAGCCCGCGUCCGCCGCGCCGGUGACGCCUCACAGCCGCGUUCCGAGACGCACCGUCCCGAGCGCGAAGGACAAAACUGCAUCAGUACCUGCAAAAACCAACACCAAGCCCUCAGCAACAAAAAAAGCUGUUAAAGUCACUCAGCAUGCAGCAUCCGAGCCGAAACCGGCCUGCAAAGCGGUUGAUACCGUUGCUCCGCAGAUCGCCAAGAACAAGGGAGGGCUGGCCCCGAUACGCGUCCCCACCGGACGCGGCGUCUGUCAGACGGACAGCAGCUCGGAUCUGUCCGACUGUCCCUCCGAGCAGCUGUCCGACGAGCAGAGGCUCGUUCCGGCCGCCAGUAGCGAUGUGGAGUCUGGAAGCGGCUCCGGUUCAAGCGAGCAGGCGGCCGGGGCUCGGGUGCGCGGAGGAUCUCAGGCUGCACUUGUGCACGGUGCGCACGCGGACAAAUGCAAAGCCGAGAAAGAUGCACAAUUCAAACCGGAGGGCAAGGAAAUGGCCCAAGAGGAACUGCUGAGGGAAAUCGAAGACCUUCGAUCGGAAAAUGACUACCUCAAGGAUGAAGUGGAUGAGUUGCGGGCAGAGAUGGAGGAGAUCAGGGACAGUUACCUGGAGGAGGAGGUGUACCAGCUCCAGGAGCUGCGCAGGGAACUGGACCGCUCCAACAAGAACUGCCGGAUCUUUCAGUACCGCCUGCGCAAGGCUGAACAGAAGAGUCUGCGUGUAGCUCAGACUGGACACAUCGACGGAGAGCUUCUGUGCGGUCUGGAGCAGGACCUCAAGGUGGCCAAAGAUGUAUCUGUGCGUCUGCACAAUGAAUUGGAGACGGUGGAAGACAAGCGCACACGGGCGGAGGAUGAAAACGAACAGCUCAGGCAAAAGCUCAUCGAGUUGGAGAUCUCCAAACAGGCCAUGCAGAACGAGCUCGAGAGAGCCAAAGAGACUGCUCUGCGGAGGCGAAGCAGUAGAGAAACCUUCAAAGAUAAGAAGUCUUUAACUCAGGAGGACAGUGCAGAUCUGCGCUGUCAGCUACAGUUUUCCAAGGAGGAAUCGGCUCUAAUGCGUAAAAAGAUGGCAAAACUUGGCCGCGAGAAGGAUGAACUGGAACAAGAAUUGCAGAACUAUAAAUCAGUGUAUGGAGACAUGGACAGUCCUUUGCCCCUGGCCGAGGUGACAGGUGGAGGCCCCCACACCUCCCGGGAAGCUGAAUUAAGGUUACGACUCAAACUGGUCGAAGAGGAAGCCAAUAUUCUGGGAAGGAAGAUUGUAGAGCUGGAGGUGGAAAACCGUGGUCUUAGGGCGGAAAACGAAGACCUACGCUGCCAGUACGAGAGGGACUGCUUUGGGCGUGAACCCUUCUCAAGUGUCCCUACCUCACCGUAUGGUGGCGAUGCCCUGGAAUCUGCAAGCGAACUGCGGCGACACUUGCAGUUUGUGGAAGAGGAAGCAGAGCUGCUGCGGCGCUCCAUCUCUGAGAUUGAGGACCACAACAAGCAGCUGAUGUCUGAGCUCAACUGCUUCAAAUUUGCACCCAGCCAAGCCGACCGGGAGUCCAAGGGAUCUGAGGGUGGAAAUGGUGGCACACUCAAACCUGGUAACGGAGGAGGAAAUGGUUUUUCAGGAGCAGGGAGUGGCGCCACACAGCAGGAGGAGCUGAAAGCCGCAAGACUCCAGAUCAAUGAACUAAGUGGGAAGGUGAUGAAGCUGCAGUAUGAGAACCGGGUGCUAAUAUCAAACAUGCAGCGCUGUGACUUAGCGGCACACUUGGGAAUACGCACCAGUAGCCCACGGGAUAGUGAUGUGGAUAGCGAUGCUGGGCGAAGGGAACCAGAUGAGGACGAGACGGCCAGGCUUCUGCUGCUCCACCCCAAACGUGAGGGUCCUGUAGGCGGCGAGAGCGACUCCGAUGACUUGUUUGAGAAAACGGCAACUUCUGGUUUCGCCAGUGGUGAGAAACCCUCAGAUCCUGGAGAGCUGGGAGUGGCCGAGUUUGCCCGACGGAGACGGGAAGACCGGGAGACGCUCCACAACGUCAGGCGUGAAGCUGAGAUGCUUGGUAAAACAGUGGAGCGGGUCAUCGCGGAUACGGACAGUCUGAUCCACGAAGGUGGUCUUGUUGUCCUGGGAGGGGAUCAUCUUGCAGAAGGUUCGGAGUUCAGAGGCGAUGGGGACUCUGCUGAAUAUAAACCCGACUCUCAGGUGCUUGAUUCCAUCAAUACCCGCAUGAGGGCUUUCCGAAUGGAACUCCAGCAAUUCAUGGACAAGGUGGACCACCUAGGGGAGGGUCUAAGGGAACGCAUCGACGACCUUUCCCCCAUGCCCAACCUCACCGAAUCUAGCAGCUUCCUUUCCACAGUUACCUCCAUGUCAAGGGAUUCGCCUAUCGGCACAAUGGGAAGGGAUCUGGUGACGGACUUCCAGUACGGGCGCAGGGAGGAGCAGGAGUGCUGUCUAGAGCGGCAGAUUGUCCCGGAGACCCCUGGACAGGGACAGGGCUUCACUAAGGGCUCCGUCACAGCCAGGGGAGGCCCUGGACUCAGUAGAUACACCAGACCCCACAGUUUCAGACCCGAGUGCUGGGAUUUUGAGACUGGUGUUCUGUGUUCUGAUGGGGUCCAGAUCCGUGACCCGGUCCUGGACCACGACAGGAGGAUGAGAGCUGGAGCGGAGGAGAAAGACAGCUUGACUUCAUCCAUCACUCAGGAGGAGGAGAGGAGGCGAGCCGAGGCCCGGCGAGGACUCGAGCUGAAGGGACUUCAAUCUAAUGAGCCAACAUGGGCACAUGAUAGAGUCAUGCUGCAACAGGAAGUGAGGUUGUUCCACCACAACAUGGUCAUUGUGUACAUGAAGCUGCGCUGGAUCCUGAUGCACUGGAGGCUCGGCCGCAGGACGGACGUCCUGGAGGAGGGAGCACAUACUGAGUAUGAACAAAUGGAGAACAUUCCAGAACUGGGCAUUAUGACUGACCAGGGUGAUGGAGAGACAGAGAAGGAAGACAAAGUUAGCGCCCAAAUCACAGGAAGUGACCUCACAGAGCCCGGCCCCCUCCUGCUGUCACCGGAGAGAUUCCAGAACCAGAAACAGACAGGUGACAGUCGGCGUGUGCUACACGCGCUGCGCUCUCUGCUGGAGGAGCUCAGGGCGGAGCUCCGCGAGGAGGCCCAGCGGCGCUGGCAGCUGCAGCAGACAUUAGCCAAUGAGAGAGCGGCGUGGGAGAUACAGCACGCUGAAAUGAGGAGUCACGUCAACAGGCUGCAGGAUAUGAGAGGAGAGACUGGAGGUGUAGAUGAAGGUGCAGUUGCUUCAGAUGUACUACAGCAGGAGCGGGAGGAACAGAGCCGUCUGCUGGCCAACAGUCACAGCACAGCACUGGAGCUGCACUGGAAACUGCAGCACGGAGAGAAAUGCUGGACCCACGAGCGGAAUGAACUACUGGAGCGGUUCGAGAAAGAGAGGCAGGAGUGGGACCGCAGCUUACGGGAAAUGUACCGCAAAAUGGAAAAGAUGCAGAAAGACGUUCUCCAGCCAGAAGGAGGCACAGCACAUGUCUUCUCCCCUCAGGAGAGCCCCUGUAAGGCUCCUAGAUCUCCACGCUCCCCCUGCACAGCCGCACACAUGCGUUCCCACUCCGACUCGGAGGCCACACUGGAGGAGAAGUGGGUGCUGGGCAGACCCAAACCCUUUGAGGGACACCGGCCCCCAGAGAGCCUGUUCCUGGAUGCCCUUUCUCUGGAUCCUCUGAGCGAAACCGAGGUGCCUCCUCCAUCAUGUCUGGAGAGCGAAAAGCGGUUCCCUCAUCUGGAGGAAGCACUGAAUGAGAUUUCUGAGAGUGUGGAUCCUGCCAUUUACCCUGAGGAAGAGAAGAGCGGAGGCAGCCUACUCAGGGCAAAGUCAGUCUGCUCCAUGAGUGACUUCCAGCGUUUGAUGGACAGCUCCCCCUUCCUGCCAGAUAAGAGCAAGCCUAGUGAGCAUGGACUGGAUGAUGUGACUCCUCCCCUUUCACCAGAUGACCUCAAAUACAUUGAGGAGUUUAAUAGUAAGGGUUGGGAUCUGCCCACCAGCUCCCUGGCUGCUUGCCCCAUUCCUGACCCAGAAAUCCACCCUCCUGUGAUGGAGGCAUGGACAGAAAGGGCAGAAUCCAGAAGGGCAGAGUCUACUUCAGAAGCAUUCCAGCAAGCCUCCUGGUACCUGACCACCAGCGCUACCUUGACCACCAACACCAUUAGUAUUCCUGAGUACUGCCAAAAUCUCCCACUCAGUGCAGCCCAGGGGGGUGAACAGUUUGGGGUGCAGGUCCUCCACGGUCCUGUUCGAGGGGAGCGGUCGGCUCCAGGAUGCCCUGAGCAGGAAAAUAUGUUAUCCAAAGUAAAGGCAAGGGAGGUAGUAGGCGGUGCUGAUGAGGUGUUUGGAGGAAGGUUGCCAUGUGAGCUAAGGAGUCAUUUGGAGGCAGGACUUAGGCCUGGAGAACGUCCAUUGAGUCAUGCUGCUGUCGGGUAUACCUCGUCAUUAGAGCUGGAGCUUUCACGGAAUCUGAGCGAUGACAUGAAGGAAAAGGCAUUUUUUGCUCGGAAUGCCAUGCGAUCAUUUGCAUCUGGAUCUAGCCCUCCGGAAAGGCAGCUACGGGACAUGGCAUGUCAGACAAAUGGUUUAACCAAACGGGGAACACAGACCACCCAGACCAUCAGUGUGGGAUUGCAAACAGAGGCUCUUAGCACCCUCACAAGCAGCCCUCACCGCUGUCUGACACCCAAAGGAGGCUCAACGCCCAUCUCAUCUCCUUCACGUAGCCAGAGAAAGAUGCAGUACUCUCCAAUCGUACAAGCCAAGUUUGAACGUCCAUGCUGUUCGCCGAAAUAUGGCUCACCUAAUCUCCAACGGAAACCUUCUAAUUCUGGCAAAGCAGAACAACCUGUUGGCCAAACCCGUGCUCCCACCCCAGCAACCACUGCUCCGCAGCAAAAAGGGAACAAUGAAUCAGCUUGGGCCCGUUCAACUACGACCAGAGACAGUCCUGUUCACACCACCAUCAACGACGGCCUCUCCAGCCUCUUCAGCAUCAUCGACCACACGCCAGUCGCUUACGAGCCCAUGCAGAAAUUCAACAAGUCCCCUAGCCGCUCUCGUCCCACUGAAACCGAGCCUCAAGGGACAACAGACCCCAAAUCCCCCAGUGUUUGUGCUGCACAGGGGCCUUUGAGGAACUCAAGGGGCCGGUCCCCAAGCCCUGUGCAGCUGAUUGUAGAGACGCAAGGCGAGAAAACUCCAGAGGUGAUUAGCACCAGACAGGACCUGUCCGCUCCUCCAGGGUACACGCUAGCUGAGAAUGCAGCACGGAUCUUGAAUAAGAAACUACUGGAGCAGAGCUUCAGGGAAGAAAGGAGGCUUUCCGCUUCAUCCACAGCUGCUCCGAGCAAAACCGGAGACACAGAGAAACCAGGAUGUCUUGAGAACCACACUGUCUUACUAACUGCACCCUGGGGACUGUAACGCAGCUUGUGCUCGCCGUGCAGACUUGCCUCGUUCGCCAGUGGCUCCACCUCUGGACUCCUGCUUCCUGCGUCCGGCUCGUCCUGCCAACCGCCGUCCUCCGUCCCGCUGGGCCACCCUCUCGCCCUCAUCCUCGCCCAACUACAAAGACAGAUCGGAGAGG